GCAAUGGGGGCAUUGGAAGGGCAGGUGGAGCCAGUGGCAUUGAUUGCAGUAACCUGAUCCCCAGGGGGAGGUGGCGACAUCAGCGGCGGCCAUGUAGCAGCGGCAGGAGGAAGCACCCUGCAGCUGAGGGCUGGACGGCAGCACUGGGACCCGGGCGGUGGGCAGCUGCUGCCUCCUCUCCAGCCCAUCCAUUUUUAAUGAGCUCCCCAGGCAUCUGCAGCAGGCAGGACACAGACAGGCAGGCCCAGGCUGUGGAGGCCGGAGGCCACAGCCCUGCCUUGCUUGAGCCCUGGCCCCCCCACCCCACUGGGCAUGAGAGGCCAGCCCUGGGGCCCCACAGCCCCCAGGCCAGGCCGGGCUCUCCAUGCAGCUGGCGCUGAAGAUGGAUUCGAGCCCAGACAAUGACAGCUGGUUGGAGGACCGGUGGGAGCACUGGCUCACCCAUGACAUCAGCUUGGAAGAGUUUGAGGAUGAAGACCUCUCAGAGAUCACUGAUGAGUGUGGCAUCAGCCUGCAGUGCAAAGAUACCCUGUCCCUGCGGCCCCCGCGCUCCGGGCUGCUGUCUGCGGGCGGCGGCAGUGUGGUGAGCCGGCUGCAGGCCGAGAUGCUGCAGAUGGACCUGAUCGACGCAGCGGGGGACACUCUCGGCGCCGAGGAUGACGAGGAGGAGGACGAGGAGCGUGCAGCACGGCGCCCAGGAGCGGGACCGCCCAAGGCUGAGUCUGGCCAGGAGCCCGGCCCCCGCAGCCAGAGCCAGGGCCCAGGCAGCGGCGACACGUACCGGCCCAAGCGGCCCACCACGCUCAACCUCUUCCCGCAGGUGCCGCGGUCUCAGGACACACUGAAUAAUAAUUCUCUUGGCAAAAAGCACAGUUGGCAGGAUCGGGUGUCUCGAUCAUCCUCACCCCUCAAGACAGGGGAGCAGACGCCGCCCCAUGAACACAUCUGCCUGAGUGAUGAGCUGCCACCCCAGGGCAGCCCCGCCCCCACCAAGGACUGCGGCACUUCCACCGACAGCCCUUGUCGUCGCAGCGCUGCCACCCAGAUGGCACCUCUGGGUGGCCCCCCUGCUGCCACCCCUGGUGGUUUGGGCCACUCCCAUCGGGACCGAAUCCACUACCAGGCCGAUGUGCGGCUGGAGGCCACAGAGGAGAUCUACCUGACGCCAGUGCAGAGGCCCCCGGACACCACAGAGCCUGCCUCGGCCUUCCUGCCGCCUGCAGAGAGCCGGAUGUCAGUCAGCUCCGACCCGGACCCUGCCGCCUACCCCUCUGCAGCAGGCCGGCCUCACCCCUCCAUCAGUGAGGAGGACGAGGGCUUCGACUGCCUGUCAUCCCCGGAGCGGGCCGAGCCACCAGGUGGAGGGUGGCGAGGGAGCCUGGGGGAGCCGCCACCCCCACGGGCCUCGCUGAGCUCAGACACCAGCGCACUGUCCUACGACUCGGUCAAGUACACGCUGGUGGUGGAUGAGCACGCGCAGCUGGAGCUUGUGAGCCUGCGGCCGUGCUUUGGAGACUACAGUGACGAGAGCGACUCGGCCACUGUCUACGACAACUGCGCGUCCGCCUCAUCGCCCUAUGAGUCGGCCAUUGGGGAGGAGUACGAGGAGGCGCCCCGGCCCCGGCCCCCCGCCUGCCUCUCAGAGGACUCUACGCCCGACGAGCCCGAUGUCCACUUCUCCAGGAAGUUCCUGAACGUCUUCAUGAGUGGCCGCUCGCGCUCCUCCAGUGCCGAGUCUUUCGGGCUGUUCUCCUGUGUCAUCAACGGGGAGGAGCGGGAACAAACCCACCGGGCCAUAUUCAGGUUUGUGCCUCGACAUGAAGAUGAACUUGAGCUAGAGGUGGACGACCCCCUCCUGGUGGAGCUGCAGGCCGAGGACUAUUGGUACGAGGCCUACAACAUGCGCACUGGUGCCCGUGGGGUCUUUCCUGCCUACUAUGCCAUCGAGGUCACCAAGGAGCCUGAGCACGUGGCAGCCCUGGCCAAAAACAUUGACUGGGUGGAUCAGUUCCGGGUGAAGUUCCUGGGCUCGGUCCAGGUUCCCUAUCACAAGGGCAAUGACGUCCUCUGUGCCGCUAUGCAAAAGAUUGCCACCACCCGCCGACUCACCGUGCACUUUAACCCGCCCUCCAGCUGUGUCCUGGAGAUCAGUGUGAGAGGGCUGAAGAUAGGCGUCAAGGCUGACGACUCCCAGGAGGCCAAGGGGAAUAAAUGUAGCCACUUUUUCCAGCUAAAAAACAUCUCUUUCUGUGGAUACCAUCCAAAGAACAACAAGUACUUUGGGUUUAUCACCAAGCACCCUGCCGACCACCGGUUUGCCUGCCACGUCUUUGUGUCUGAAGACUCCACCAAAGCCCUGGCAGAAUCCGUGGGGCGCGCAUUCCAGCAGUUCUACAAGCAGUUUGUGGAGUACACCUGCCCCACGGAGGACAUCUACCUGGAGUAGCAGCCACCUCUGCACCCCCGGCCCCCAGCCCAUGCAGGACAGCAAGCUGUGGACAGGUCACAGCACUGCUCGGGAGGGAUACUACCACCACUGGAGGAUGGAAGUGGGGUCCGCUGGUGCAGGGUGGGGGACAGGGGUGGCGGGAGACACAGGCAUGGGAUAUGGUAACAAAAGUGUAACAUAUGGAUCAGAUCCACCUAUGGAGGACAGCGGGCUGCCCGGGGACGGAAGGCCUCAAAGGAUGUCCAUCCUGGGGACACGGGCCCAGCCCUGUCGCGGGCCUUACUUCCCCUGCCGGAGCCCUGGCUCCUGCCUCGACAAAGCCCAUGCCACCUGCAAGUGCCCACUGUCCCCGGCCCAGCCCCUACCAAGAGCUCUGAGCUCAGGCCGAGCCUGGCCACCUCCCAAGGACUUUCCAGGAAGGAAAUGGCAGUGGGCAAAGGUGAAGUUGCUGUUCUCUGCUCUUGCCAUGGCUCCCACCCGCAGGCCUGGCACGCUGGCCCCGGCAGGGAGAGGCAGCCUCUGACCAUGGUCCUGUCACCCUGGCCACGACUAUUAAAGUGCCAUCUCCUGUCUGGA